ACCUUCUCCAUUCUUUCCGCAUCAUCGCCACUAUGGCGAUGCAAAGCUUUCGAUGGCUGACAGCGGCGGCAAUACUGCAGCUGAGCGUGGCAGACUUUCGGGUGAACUCCGGCAAAGAAAUGCGCUUGCCGCCCAUCGGGGUUCCCGGGGCCAACCUGGUUAACUUCACCAUGUAUCUCUCAGAUCUGAAGACCUUCGACGAGAGCCACGAGUUUCUGACGGUCUAUGCCAUGAUGGUCAUCACCUGGGAGGACCCGCGCUGGGUCAACGCGUCCCUGCGGAAGACCAAUGAGACCUGUUCCCUGAACAACUGCAGUGCGGAUGAGUAUCAAGCGGCUCUUGACUUGGCCGCACAAGAUCUGCAAGGGAUGGUCCUGGGACAGUCGGCUGGUGCCUUCUUCGAAGCAACGAGGGUCUACGGCCAAUACCUGGGGUUGUUGGUGUCUGGCAGCGUGUGGACACCAAUUCCCACCGAUCUCUUCAUCAAGACCUCUGACAACCCCUUGGGGAAGACCGAGUUCGACCCGGUGAUUUAUAUGCCACGGCCCAGCCAACUGGAAGGCAUUUGGGUGGACCGGCGAACCACGCGUUUCGACGUCACCUUGUCCCAUGAGCACUACCCCUUUGACGAACAAACCUUGGAGUUGUGCGUCACUCGAAAACCCAAGGCAUUAGUGCAAGGUGUUGCCCCGCAGUUCGCUAAGUUGGUUCACAACUAA